UUUUGACGAGGGGACCAGAAUCAUAGAUAAGGUCUACAUGCGUGAUGCUAUAGUGUUCGGAAAGCUGGGGGCGACAAAAAAGAAGAAGAAGGCGGGCACAGGUGCUGCUAAAGACAGCGGCAACGCACGAAAUCUAAAGAAAUCUUCUGCGACUGAUAGUACUUCAUCGCAGCAAGAUACAGCUAGUGCACAACAUCGCAGCUUUUCUGCUGCUUCGUCUCCGCCCCUUCAACCACUCGACACCUCGGAGAAGGCAGAGCUGAUCCUGAAAAUCCU